CAAAAAUCAAACAAAUUCCACCUCACUCACAUCCCCUUAUCCCUUUCCCUCUUCCACCACACCACUGAUCCAAUACAAAUUAUACAAUACAAUCAAAACACACAAAUAAUCCACUUUCAAGAACACCAAACAACUACAACAUAUCCACUUUCAAGAAACACCAAACAGCAACAACAUAUCCAUUUUUCAAGAAAACAUCAUGUGAGAAACAAAAUCACCAUGCAAGAAACACUCCACCUCUCUUCUUCUCCAUCAUGUCCCCUUCCUAAACCCUCCAUUUCAAGAACACCCAAAUCCUUCAAACCUCCCACCACCAUUUCCUUCCCACCCCACCCCAAACCACCCACCCCCAUCACCACCCUCCUCACUACCCCUACCCCACCACCCCCACUUCAAGAAAAGCUCCUUUUUUUAGACUCUCUUGGUAUAGACUCAUUACAUUGCCUUACUUCACAUCCACUUAUAAUAUCAUCCUCUUUAUCUGAUCUCAAAUCAAGAAUUGAAUUCCUUCACUCAAUCAAUCUAAACACCCUUGAUGUUAAAAGAGUUGUACACAUUUGCCCUGAAGUUUUAACAACUCCACUUUCCACCACAAUGUUACCAGCUGUAACUUUUUUGCUCAGGGAAGCAAAUGUUACAGGAGAUAAACUACCUGGAAUACUACGUCGAAAGCCCCGGUUACUUACUAAAUGUGUAGAAAAGAAUUUAAGACCAACACUUUACUUUUUACAAAGUACUAUUGGUAUUGAGGAUGUUUCAAAAUGUGCUAGUUUAUUGUCUUGUGAUGUGGAGAUUAAGUUUAUACCACGUUUGGAUUACUUUUCAAGAAUUGGGUUUUCGUUUAGAGAUGCGAAAGUGAUGUUUCGGAGGUUUCCUUCGUUGUUUUGUUAUAGUGUUAAGGAGAAUUUGGAGCCGAAAUUCGAUUACUUUGUUGUGGAAAUGGGAAGGGAGUUGAAGGAAUUGAUUGACUUUCCGCAGUAUUUCUCGUUUAGUUUAGAGAAUAGGAUAAAGCCGAGGCAUAAGACGUGUGUUGAGAAAGGCGUUUGCUUGUCGUUGCCCGUGAUGUUGAAGUCCCAUGAAUCGAGGUUUCGUGAUAGGUUGGAGGUGUGUUGUAGCUCUUCUAUGCCGAAUUGGGUUUUCGUUUAGAGACUUGAAAGUGAUGUUUAGGAGAUUCCCAUUGUUGUUUUGUUAUAGUGUUGAGGAGAAUUUGGAGCCGAAAUUUGACUACUUUGUUGAGGAAAUGGGGAGAGAGUUGAAGGAAUUGAUUGAUUUUCUGCAGUAUUUCUCGUUUAGUUUAGAGAAUAGGAUAAAGCCGAGGCAUAAGAUGUGUGUUGAGAAAGGUGUUUGCUUGUCGUUGCCCAUGAUGUUGAAGUCCCAUGAAUCGAGGUUUCGUGAUAGGUUGGAGGUUUGUUGUAGCUCUUCAAUGCUGGUGAGACAAUCUCCCUUUUGGUUUGAUCAUAAUGUAACAUAGAUUGAACUUGAAGAUAUUGCCCCAUUUUGUUUUUUUGUUUAUAC